UCGCAGAAUUCCCCUUCUGCCUUCUCCUGUUCUCCACCCCCUAGUCGCGGACCCUAGACCCCAUGGCGGCCAAGAGCUGCGGCCCGGACCUCCUGGAUUGGGUCGGCACCGACAUCUCCGCCUCCAUCUUCCACCUCCUCGACCACCCCGCCGAUCUUGUCCGCGCCGCCGCUGUCUCCCGACCAUGGCGCAGAUUCGUGAUCGAGAACAACUUGAGCAAGAGCCUGUGCCUGCGGCUAUGCCCGGAGGUCGCCACCGUCGCCGCCGUGGCGGAGGUAACCAGAUCGGCGUCCUCACCCGCCGUCCCCGUGCCAGAAAGCGAGAGGGACUUCAGGAUAUACUCAAACCUCGCCGGCGCCGUCGUCUCCGCCCCCCGCAACCACGACGUGGCCAUCUUCACGCACUGCAUCGGCGCGUCCAGCACAGACCAGUUCCCCAAGGAGACCAUGGAGCACACCCUCGACGAGGAUUACAUAGUGAAUUUCCGCCCGUCCUAUUGGUCCAGCGGCGGGUCGGACAGCCCCGAUGAGCCCGAGAGCCUUACCUACAGGCUCAAUCAUGAUAUCUGCAUUGUCGAUGAGAUUAAGGUGCAGCCGUUCGAAGCCUAUUUUCAGCAUGGGGAUCCUAUAUACUCUGCAAAGGCGGUGCGAUUUCGGAUGGGCCAUUACAAGCUUCCGCGGGGAUCAGAGUCAUUUGUCACCCAUAAGGAUGAGAACAAGAUGGUAAAUGCUGACAAAAAUUACAUGUGGACUUACACUUCACCAGAGUACCCUAUGUCGCAGGAAAAUGUACUGCAAUCCUUCAAGCUCCCACGCCCUGUCCUCUGCAUUGGUGGUGUGGUGAUGAUUGAACUAUUGGGCGGAGUACAAAAACAAAAUGCAGAUGAUAGGUAUUACAUAUGUAUCUGCAGUGCUCAAGUGAAAGGGCGCUCUCUCUCACCAAUGUUCAUGUUUGACAUCUCGGAUCCUGAAGGUUAUUCAAUCCUCAAGUACUUGCCGAAUGCCAAAGAGGACAUGAAGCAAGAUGAUACUAAAGAGUCACUAGAGUGGCUGUCUCUUAUUGGUAGAUACAAUAAGAUGAAUCAAAUAGCGGUGGUGAACGCGCUUAUGGGGCCACUUUUCAUGAAUGAAUAUGAUGUGGAUGACGUCUCAGACGAUGAUUUUUUUGAGUAGAUUUGCUUACUGGAGUGCAGGUACAACUUUGUCAGCUGUUUGUAGUUAAGUGAACAUCUCUGAACUCUGCAAGCCUUAGUUAAGUUCUGAAACCUGGUCAGGACAAGUACUCUUAUUGUUCAAGCUUGGUCAUGUGUGAUAUUGUUCAUUUAUCACUUGUCAAUGUCGUUGGUUGGUGUGA